AGCGGCCGUCGGAAAGAGCGAGGUCGCGUGGAGCUAAUUCGCGUGGUGGCCGUUGAGAGCGUGGACACCGCGGUGUUCCAGCGGGACUUCGUGUUCCAGCUCUGCUACCUGUCAGAGGACGACGACCAGUACGUGCUGUACAUCGCUGCCCCGACCGCACAGGACCGCGAGCAGUGGCUGGAUUACAUCCGCAAGCUGGUUGCAGACAACGACUGUCUCUCAGACAAAUACCAUCAAGGAGCCUUCAUCAAGAGCCAGUGGUCGUGCUGCAAAGGCGGCAAGAAUACCAUCGCGUGCACCGACGUCACUUGGACGAUCAACCACAACAACAACCCACCAGUAACACAGGAGAAAGUUAUUUUCUGUACUUUGAGGGAACACUAUUAUUUGAUGUCGAUUGACGGGAAACGCGGUCUUGAGAAAGGCAUUGCACCUCACAAACCAACAUCCCACAUUGUGAAUGCAGCGAAUAUUGUCAGCACGCCGCUUGUAACCCCCCUUUUGUCAACACCUUCUGUUGUCUGGCCCCGAAGAGUCACAUCAUCUCUUGGGAGUCCUGCAUCACAUGAAGUGUAA